ACACACAGCAGACCCUGGAUGUUUUCCUCAGUCUUGCUGCGCCUCCACGUCAUCGUCCAUCGUUUUUUUUUUUCUACCACUUCACUCAUAAAACAGCAGCAAGUCGUCGCCUGUGCGAUUUGAAUCCCCGUUUACAGUCGCAGCACUUCAGACACAGCCCCGCUGUAGACUACCCCGACAUGAGGCUGGGACUCCCCGCUCUCGUGUGUUUCUUCAGCUUUGUGUGGCAGUCGGAGUGCGCGCCUCCGACCUGCUACUCUCGAGCGCUCGGCCUGAGUAAGGAAGUGAUGACCCUGCUGGAUAAGAUACACACGUACCACCGAACGGUAAGAUCUUGGUGCCGGAUGCACCGUCCGGUCUCACCUUGCAGAUGUAACUGCUGAAAGUCCAGUGUGCUGGUGCUGCUUGUUCCGUGUCCUCAUAAUGAUGUUUGUUUGCAGAAAACUUGUGCUGAGAUUCUGCCGCCGAUCUUCCUCGACGUGCACGUAAGUCAAAAAUAAUUUCCUAUUAUGCAUGUUGUGAAGAUAAGGGAUUAGGAGUGUAUUGCACAUUCUUUUCUGCUGGUAAGAGUGCCCUGAGCUAAAAGGAAUGGUAUGGUGUCUACACAAGUGCACUUUAAAACUUAAACAGGGAGGUAUAGCUCUAUUUUGAAAAGUUGUAGUCCGUAGAUAUAGCUACAUUUAAAGCUCCUGUAAGUAACUUUUGCUUUAUGUUGCUGUUAGUGCCCCCUGUAGAUAAUGCAGUACUUUUUGUCUCUUCUGAUUAUGUCUUGGACAUGUGUGAGAUUUAUUUUUAACAAAAAAAAAUCUCUCCUGGUUUCUCCUGACAGUCAGGUGUUUCAUUCAGUAAAUAUCUUUGCUGUAAACAUUUUGAAAAGAAAAUCGUCAAUCACUUUGCUUGGCACCUACCAUGUGGCAGCAGUUUAAGGGAUCUUAAUUGGCGAUCUUUAGUUUUAUAGGUUUGUUUGUUUUUCACACUCAACAACAGGUAUCAAAAUUAAUUUAAGCCUGUUUCAGAAAUAGUAAAAUAAAAUUGCUCACGUGCUUUAAAACUUUUUUUUGUAUUUUGUAUUGUGUUAAAGUGGUGAUGAAUAAUCACUGUAAAGUAAUACAACCACUGUCUUCUGUGAAUUUGCUGCCAAUAACAGCCAGAGCCUUGUAAGUAAUUGAUGCCAAAAACAAAACAAACUUACUUUUCUGACAUUAUUUAGUUCAACUCCCUUGACACGUGUAGCUGACUUUAAAGUCACAAACACUUAAUUAAUAGAGAAACUACUGUUAUUGCCCACUUUUUGCUGGAACAGUUUAAGUAACUUGCAUAAGACUUCUCAAAUGUGAUAAUAAGUUUGUUCUGACCAGAAUUACUUUAGUACAGUGAGAGGCAGCCACAGAAACCAAUGAAAACCUUAUCCAAGUUCGGUCUUCAGUCUGUUGACUGUUUACUUAAGGGUUAAUCUGUCCUGGGGGUUGCAGUCUGUAAAUACCAUACAAAAACAAAAUCUGGGUUCAGAAAUUGGGACCUAACCAAAAGUGAAUUUGCUAUAGGUUGAAGUAGAGCAGAGUGAGCACUACUGGUUUUUUUUAAAGCCUUAUUUUAUAUUUCUAGAAUUCAUGUGUUACGGCCAAGCUCCGGGAUUUUCUCUAUGUGGUGCUGAACCAUCCAAACCAGUACUGCCGAGAGCGUCCCAGAAUGGUGCUGCUGAAGCGUAAAAUCCAGAACUUGUACAACAUCAUCACCAGGAUUUGUUACAGGGUAAGACCACCAUAACAACAUCUGUAUCUUCCCCCUGAAUUUUCUUGUUUUCGUGCUCUUGAGGCCUCACCACAUGUCUUCUGUGUAUCAUUUGCAGGACUUGGUGUUUUUCACAGAUGACUGUGAAGCGAUUGAUACUGGACACAGCAGCCCUUACUAUGCAGAGGACAGGCUUCAGCUGCUGCAGGAGGAAAGAUGAUCAGAUUUUAAGAAUCCAUUCAUAAAAUACAUUAGCAGUAUGUAGAAUUGUAAAGCGAGUGCAAUGCAUACUACAUUCUGCACUGUGCUGUAUGUAUUAUUAGCAAAACAGUGCUGUCCAACAUUGUACCUAGUUGGCUUUGAGUUAGAUGCACACUCAUGUUAGCAGACAUGUGUGGCUGCAUUCCAGCAAGGAGAGCAGAACUUUCCACAGGAAAUUUGCUGAAUGCCAACCAUGCCGAUGAAAACCCUGAAAUAAUAAACCAAUAAGGGAUGCUUGUGAGCCGGGCUUAACCGCUGCUUACUUACCAGGGCUGAUCAAAGCUCUGAGUGUCAUUAAGAGAAAUAUGCCAUGUUGCCAUAACCCUUAGUCUGACGGGCAUGUCUUAAAGGAGCAUUAUACAGCAUUCUGCAAACAUUGCAAGAGUUGAACAUGGUAGUUCAAAAUGUUACAUAAGAACUAGAUGUCCUCAUUAUGUGGUUGAUCACUGAGUUCCUUCAUAGUUUUGUCACAUUGAUUUAUUUUGAUAUUAUUUUGGCUGCAUGUCUGAAGGAAUAACAAAAAUAGUGCUGCUUAUAGUGCAGUCUUGGUCUUUGGCAGAGUGAAUCUCCUGAAUUAAAGCCCUCACUGUUGUGGACACAAUAAACUUUCCUGCUUUAUAUAUACUUAUUUGCAGUGUACAUAUGCCUUAUAUCAUUAAGUAAAACUUCUUUUUAUGUAUCAGUCCUUAGAAGUUAUUUCCUAAACCCCUCACAAAUUUAAUACAGUAGAUUCAUCCAUUUGGACAUCAGUCACUGGCAGACUAAAAAGUAGUUAUUUGAAGUUGCUGGUUGAACGGGAUAGAAUUAAGUGAAGCAUUUCCCUUGCACAAAUUAAAAUAAGCUGCUGUCUGCAGCUCAGAAUAUAAAGAAACUUUACAAGAAAUCAUGUAACAGUUAAUUGUCUCUACCCUCACAUUACACCACACUCAGGAUAAUGGCGAGUUGAAAGCACAAUGUUUGUCAAGGCUGCUUGUCUCAUUAAAUUCAUAGCCUCUCCUGCCCUCUGUUGGCUAGACUUAUAACCUGCAUCCAAAAUACCCAAUUUCUCAGUGUAGUGUACAACUCCUGUAGUCCUUCCUCCACUGCAUGAAAACUAAAUUCAGUUGUAAUGAAUGUGCAUUUGUUUUUGGACAGAGUGUUCUCUGUGUGAAUGAGAACCCACAUUCUAUCUUUCCCAAUCUCCAGCUUUGUUUUGGUGAAGGAUGGUGUCCAUAAUGUGUCUGUCUAAAAGCCUGUAAUGAGUAAUAAAUGGAUGAUUUUUCAUUUUUCACUUUAAUAACUUUGUGUAUGAAGAACAGUUAGGCACCUGUUCACGCCUUGAUGAAUGACAGUAUCUUUCUAAUAAGAUUGUCUUUGCAAAGAUACAUUUGUCAGCUAUCUAACAACUUAUCCCGUGUUUAGUCACAUCUUCUGUUGUUCUUGUUUGUUUUAAUUUUUCCAUUUUGCUUUACUGGUUAUGUUUCAGUUAUGCAAAGUUUUAGGAGAGUAUUGUUCCUGAACAACAUAACUACCUUGUACUAGGA